AUCCCAACCACAGUGUGUGUGUGUGUGUGUAUGCGCUCGCGUGUGUGUCAGCGGACGGUGAGAGAGACGAAGGCAGGCAGGCAGGCAGGCAGCUCCCUUUCGCCUUAUCUAAACACAUACAUUCCUCAUCAUGGCGGCCACGGAUGUAGACAUAUUUUCUAAUGAAGAAAAGCGGAACCUCAGCCUUGGCGGUCAUGUUGGCUUUGACAGUCUGCCCGAUCAGCUGGUCAGUAAAUCGGUGACUCAGGGUUUCUGCUUCAACAUCCUCUGUGUGGGUGAGACGGGCAUCGGCAAGUCGACGUUAAUGAACACCCUUUUUAACACCAUGUUUGAAAACGAGGAGGCCAGCCAUUACCAAAACGGUGUUUACCUGCGGCCCAGAACGUACGACUUGCAAGAGAGCAACGUCCACCUAAAACUGACCAUUGUCGACACGGUGGGCUUCGGGGACCAGAUCAACAAAGAAGAAAGCUAUAAACCCAUUGUGGACUAUAUCGACACACAGUUUGAAAACUACCUGCAAGAAGAGCUGAAAAUAAAGCGUUCUUUAUUCAAUUACCACGACACCAGAAUCCACAUCUGCCUGUACUUCAUCGCUCCUACGGGACACUCGCUCAAGUCUUUGGAUUUAGUCACCAUGAAGAAGUUGGACAGCAAGGUGAACAUCAUUCCUAUUAUUGCUAAAGCUGACACGAUUUCUAAGAGUGAACUGCACAAGUUCAAGAUCAAAAUCAUGAGCGAGCUGGUUAGCAACGGUGUUCAGAUCUACCAGUUUCCCACAGACGACGAAGCCGUGACAGAAAUAAACUCCUCUAUGAACGCCCACCUUCCCUUCGCUGUGGUGGGCAGCGUGGAGGAGGUGAAGGUGGGGAAUAAGACGGUGAGGGCCAGGCAGUAUCCGUGGGGAGUGGUUCAAGUGGAGAACGAGAGUCACUGUGAUUUCGUGAAGCUGCGGGAGAUGCUGAUCAGAGUGAACAUGGAGGAUCUGCGAGAACAGACUCACGCCAGGCACUACGAACUCUACAGGCGCUGUAAACUAGAGGAGAUGGGCUUCAAAGACACCGACCCAGACAGCCAGCCUUUCAGUCUACAGGAGACAUAUGAAGCCAAAAGGAAGGAGUUUCUUGGAGACCUGCAAAGGAAGGAAGAGGAGAUGCGGCAGAUGUUCGUGAACAAAGUGAAGGAGACUGAGGGCGAGCUGAAGGAGAAGGAGAGAGAGUUACACGAGAAGUUCGAGCAGCUGAAGCGCAUGCACCAGGAGGAGAAGAGGAAGGUGGAGGAGAAGAGACGGGAGCUAGAGGAGGAGAUGAACGCCUUCAACCGGAGGAAGGUGGCCGCAGAGACCCUCUCGCUCUCACAGCCCCUCAAGAAGGACAAAGACAAGAAAAAGUCGGUAAAAACUGAGAACCAAUCAGGCGUCAGCCUCUCCAGCUCCAAAGUGAUGAUGGCCAAAGCCAACAUGGAGCCCUUGAACUGCCAGAGCUGGUGGCAGGCCAUACAGUGCUGCACCUGCCUGGUCCACAACGACGCCUGGAGGCAAGGUCUCUUCUGAGAGCCGGCCAGCAUCAGCUGAGGAUGCCCGGACAUCAGCAGGCCGUGGAACUGAGGGAAAACAACAACAACAAACCGCUUGACCGACGGAGACAAGGCCACCAAAAAACCUAACGACUUACAGAGGGUCUGUAUCUGUAAUGGUUUCUGUGUAAGCCCUUCAUGAGCGGGCUGUAAAAAAACGUGCCGUGUUCAAUAGCCUCUAUGUUUUUAAAAAAAUAACAAGCCUCUCGCUCUUAUUCCCAAUACAGAUACAGUCUGUUUUCAUCAACGCGGGCCAUUUUGUUAACGUGAAAGCCAUGCACAACCCACCGAAACCGUUUCGUUUUUUGGGAAUUGAUUCCCCCGAUUGAUUUUCCAUUCGAGAAAUACGAGUCGAACUAAUCAGCGUUCGCAAUCAUUGAUGAAUACAGUAACGUGCACUUAUGAAAAAACUAAAGAUGAAAAUCGGGCCAAUUCUGAUUUCACAUCGUCUUCUAGCUUCGUCUGCUUGGAAAAACAAAUAAGCCAUGUUACAUGAAUAGGAAUGACGUGAUGGUUUCAUGAGUUCAGGGUAGUAAAACACAUUGCCUUGUGGGAUGUUUUGUGAAAUGUUUACUGUGGAAGUGUGACUUUCCUCUGUAUCUCUGGCUGUAUGUGUGAGCGUUUACUUCUCCAAGAGACUGACGAGUCGCGUGGACCUUGUACGGUAAUAUAUUUAAAGGGAUUCUUAAUUGUGGAUAUUUAUUUGGGAGGUUUUAAGGAAAUUUAUUUUUCUACGCUAUUAGAUAUUUUUUCAUUUCACAAGCAAUUCUAUUUAAUUAUUCUACGCGUUACAGACAUCUAGAUAUCUAUAAUAUGACCUAUAAAGGGAGAUCUCACAGAAACAUCCCAAAAUAUAUAAUGCAUAAAGAAAAAGCCUUUUUAGGACCAUCAAGAUUUAUUAAUUUAUUUUAAUUAAAAAUUUAAUUUAUCUAUUUGAACUAUUUUUGCAUUAUAAAAUGUGCUAAUUACUAAUGAAAAUAGUUUCACACUGAACCCAGUCUUGUCUAAAAAAAAUAAAAUAAAUAAAUAAAAAAUAAAAUUAACAUUUUUAAAAUAG